GGAAAUAAGACGCUCGCUUUAGUAGCAAUCGGGAGAGAGAAAUAUGAAUAGGAGACGCCUGCGAUCUGGUGCGGCGCUUGAGAUGAGUCAUAAAGGAUUUUGUAAAUCACCUAUUCGCUCGGGCUUGGAUCUGUUGAAGCAAUGUGCCUUCUAUCAAUAGCAAAAAAAACGGCAAUCUCUUUUUUUCUGUGUUCGUCCCAUGCUAUUUGCCAAUCUCUUGUUUUGAAAGAAUGUGGCUGAAUCCAGAGGAAGUUUUGCUGAAAAACGCGCUGAAGCUUUGGGUUACCGAAAAAUCGAACGAUUUCUUUCUUUUGCAGCGUAGAAGAGGGCAUGGGGAUUCAGGGGGAAAAUUCACAGGUCUUCUGGUUGGAGCUCUGGACACUGUGUUGGACUCCAAUGCUCGUGUCACACCAUUCCGUAUCCUGCUACAGGUGCCUGGCUCUCAGGUUAGCUGGGCCAUAGCUUGUGGUGCUGCUGUUGAGGAAAUGAACAGACAUUGGGACUGGCUGGUCCAGAACCUACUUCACUCUCUUUCAGUGUUUGAGAACAAGGAGGAUGUCGCCAGCUUUGUCAAGGGGAAAGUUAAGGGUCUGAUAGCAGAGGAGGUGAGGGGAAGGCAGGCAGCUCAGGAGGAGGACCCAGAGAAGUUCCGGGGGUCGCUGCUGAAGUUUGAGUUGCGUUUUGGCCUGCCUUCCUCUGAGAAACUAGUCACCACCUACUCCUGCUGCUGCUGGAAGGGCCGGGUUCCUCGGCAGGGCUGGCUCUACCUCAGCAUCAACCAUAUGGCCUUUUACUCUUUCCUGCUGGGCAAGGAAGUGAAGUUUGUGAUCCCGUGGGCGGAGGUGACGAGGCUGGAGCGGAUCUCCACGGGCCUCAUGACUGACAUGGUGCGUGUGACGACGCGACAGCGGCAGCGCGACUUCUCCAUGUUCCUGAGCAUGGACGAGGCUUUCAGGUUUAUGUGUCAACUGGCUGACAUUGCUCUGCGACGCCUCCUGGACAGCGGAGGCUUAGAGCUGGACAGAGAACUCCAGCAGACCUCCAACGUCACUAAGAGGGUUCUGGAGCAGCAGGCGCUGAGGGCGUAUGUCCUGGCUCUCUUCAGGCUGCCACGAGGCGAACGUCUUCAGGAGGCGGCACUGUGUUCGAUGUGGACGCCGCACGCCCGCUGCCACACGCCUGGGACACUUUACACCACAGACCGUUACCUGGGUUUCUCCAGCCGAGACGAGGGCCGCUGUAGCGUGCUCAUCCCUCUCUCAGAGGUGAUCUCUGUAGAGAAGGCAGAGAGCACUAGUGUACUGCCCAGCCCAGUGAUCAUCAGUGUGAGGAGUAAGAAGGCCUUCCAGCUGAUCGAGCUGCAGGACAGAGACAGCCUGGUGGACAGCCUGACGACACGCCUCAGGUCCUUGCAGUGGAGACACUCCACAUUCCGCAGCAGGAAAUCUCUGGCCUCCUCGUCUCCUUACUACACCUUCUGCUAUGACACAAAGUACUGUGAUGGAGAGGAGAUUGAGGAGAGACCACUACGUCACACUGUGAACCCAGAUGCACUGAUGGCAUGCUAUCAGCACUCUGAACCUGACCCAAAUAACUGUACCUCAACCAUGGAGCAAAUGAAAGAGCGCCUGUGGGAGGAACACUUCUCGGAGUAUGGUCGAGGCAUCCAUAUGUUCCGCACAGAGAAAAUCCAGAAGCUGGUUGCGAUGGGGAUACCAGAGUCUUUAAGGGGAGAGCUAUGGAUGACCUUCUCUGAUGCGUCUUCGGAGUUGGCAUCCCACCCAGACUACUACACAGGGCUUGUGGCUGAGUCAAUGGGACAAAGCAGUCUGGCCACAGAGGAGAUCGAGAGGGACCUGCACCGCUCUCUCCCCGACCACCCCGCCUUCCAGAAUGUCACGGGCAUCGCAGCUCUUCGCCGCGUCCUCACAGCAUAUGCCCACCGCAACCCCAAAAUUGGCUACUGCCAGUCCAUGAAUAUCCUGGCGUCUGUGCUACUGCUGUACACCAAAGAGGAGGAGGCGUUCUGGCUGCUGGUAACUGUCUGUGAGAGGAUGCUGCCUGAUUAUUUCAACCGCAGAGUAAUAGGGGCUCAGGUGGACCAGUCUGUGUUUGAGGAGCUUAUCCGGGAGCGUCUUCCAGAGCUGGCCGAGCACAUCCCCGACCUCUCCCCCCUCUCAACCAUCUCCCUGUCCUGGUUUCUUACCCUCUUCCUCAGCGUGCUUCCCUUUCGGAGUGCCGUCUGCGUGGUCGACUGUUUCUUCUUCCACGGCACUAAAGCCAUCUUCCAGCUGGGCCUGGCUGUGCUGGAGGCCAACGCAGCAGCGCUGUGUUCCAGUGCGGACGACGGCCAAGCCCUCAUGGUUCUCACUGGUUUUCUGGACCAGGUGACGGACAACGACGAUCCUUCCUCCCCGGCCUCCCAGCCGCCCUCGUCCCCGAGCGGGGAGGAGGGUAACCCGCCUGUAGAACAACACACCCUGAUCACUGACCUCAUCACUGACUCUUAUGAGAAAUUUGGAGACCUGACUGUGAAGCAGAUAGAGAGUUUGCGAUGCAGACACCGCAUCCAGGUUCUUCAAGCGCACGAGGACACCACUAAGGAGAAUGCGCUCAGGGUCGUGACCCCAGAUGUCUCCCUCUCCCCUGAAAAUCUAUCAGACAUCUACGACCUCUUCAAAACCGAGCACUUCAUUAACCUUUAUUGGGGUGAAGGGAGCACCACAGUGGCUCUCCAGACUCAUGACCCAAGCAGACCGUAUGUGGACCAGUACAGAGUGGACCGGGCCCAGUUUAAGAGCCUGUACGUGCUGCUCGUUCCCUGGCUGUGUGGCCUCCACACUGACACCGUGGCCCAUCGGACCUUUACUCUACUGGACCAGGACAGAGACUCAUUCAUCACCUUCAGAGAGUUUGCUGGGUGGCUGGAUACACUGUACUGCAAGGAACUAAACGAGAAGAUCAGACUUCUAUAUUGCUUGCACAUACCUCCAGCUCUGACUGACACUGAGGAGGAUCAGUCUCCCCUAAAGAGCCCUCUGCUGUCAACCACCAGACCACUCCAUUUACAACUGCCUGUUGGGGAGAUGUUAACCUACCAAGAGCAGUUAAAGCAGAUGCUGAAGGACCUGGCUAAAGAGAGGUCCAAUGUGGAAGAACCUUUACCUUUGAUGAACCAGAGGGAAUUCAUCCAAUUCUGUAAGACCCUUUACAGCAUGUUCCAUGGCAAUCCAGAUGAGAAUGAGCUCUUCCAGGCCAUCGCCACUGUGACCAGCCUGGUGCUGCAGAUCGGUGAGGUCGGCCAUCGCAGCCGCUGCUCGGGGUCAGAGGUCAGUAGCGACGGCGGCACCGAAGACGAGGUAGAGGAAAAUCACAGGGAGGGGAGUCGAGAUCACCCAGUCUUCAGUACCAAAGAAGAGGGGGGGACUGGGAAGAGUUUAGGCUUGGAGAAUCAGAGCGAGUGGACUGUCAGCUAUGCUCAGAUUCUAGCCUCUCUCCUCACAGAACAGCAGCUGGUCAACUUCUUUGAGAAACCAAUGGACCUGUCAGCAAAGGUUGCUGAGGCGAAGCUGAAACAGUACCAUGAAAGGGCCGGGCUACUUAUGCUCCAGCAAGGGACCAGAUGAUUAACUAGACCAAGAAAACAUAGUUUGACCCAGUACUGGGCUUCUAAUCCACAGUCGCUUAUUUAGAUGCCAUGCACUUUUGUCACUAAUAAGUUGUCCUGAGUCCUACAAGGAUGUGUGGGGUCAAGAGUCUAUACGUGCCUGUAUGAAUCAUAGGUCUGUAAAACAAGUACUGUGGAUGUGUAGGUCUUCUGAUUUAACUGGAUAUGUGGCCUUAUCUUUGUUUAGAGGUUAAUCAAAACCAAAGGCUGUUUAGACGUACUGAUCUACCAAAGCCACAGGUAAGGGAGACAUGCAUUAUAAUCAAUGAAGGUUACAUGACAAAUCAGUCAAACAUAUACUGUGACAAUGUUCCAAUUAAAUGCACUACCACUCCAUGAAAAGGGAUUUACAUUUUCUAUGUUUGCUAAAUAUACAUUUUAAUUUUGCAUUGCUGUUAUCUUUUUGGUGGGAACAAUGUGCCCAAUUUUAGGGGCAUUUAUUUUCACUUAGCCAAGUAGGAUCUAGGUUAUCUAGAAAAUGAAGUAGAUUGUACAAGUACCUCUGACCCACGUUAUUUUACAUGCCUACAGACAAGUACAGUCAACAAGGUUUUAAAAAGCUCAGUGAAAUUGUAUUUACUGUCAGUGGUGUGACCUGGAGUAACAGACAUUGGAAUAUUGCCUUGGUUGUGCGCCUAUGUACUGUGUUAUUGUCCAGUAUUAACCCUUAUUCUGGGUGUUCUGAACGUUUCAGCCCAUUAUUCUACCAAGCAUAUCCUUCAGCCUUAGACAUGUGACCUGUAUUACAGCAUCUUAAAAUCAAUUUGGGUAAAUACCUGAAAUGUCUGACAUUCAAACUGUUUUUAGGAAAUAUUAUUCCAGAAUGGCACUCCAGCUGACUAAAGAUGCACUUUUUUUGAUUUAAAUUGUAUUUUUUUAGUGCAGGCCCAAGUUAUGCCUCCACCAUGUGUCUCAAUUUCAUGUCUGCUGCCAAAAAACUAGCAUUUUGUAAAUCAUUAAAACAACCUUUGCAUUA